GAGGUACUUGAACGUUUCAGUCCUAGGCAGCAGGCAGAGCACACAGACUGAGCUGUCUGUGUGGCAAUGAUGGAUACAAGCUAAUCGUCCAACGUUACAAAACGUCUACAAAAGCUGUUGGAAUAUAUUACGAGGUGUCACUCCAUAUAUCGCCUCAUAAAAUUGGCUCUGAUUUCUGACAGGCAGACAUAUCCGUUGGUAGACAGCAAUGGGUGGGCUGGGGAACGGGCGUCGUGGAGUAAGGUCACCGCCUCUUAUGAUUGCCGCUCUGAUCGCCUGUAUCUUGGUUCUGGGCUUUAACUACUGGGUGUCCAGCUCCCGCAACCUGGAGCUUGAGACUAAACUGUAUGAGCUGGAGGGCCAGGUGCGACGUGGAGCAGACGAGAUGAAGAAGAAGAAGGAGUUCGAACAGGUGAUCGAGAAACAAAAGGAUCAGAUCAGCAACAUACAAAGUCUCUAUAAGAGCAAGCUGGAGGGAGCUGAGAUCUCCUGCAGCCAACACAAGGCCACACUGCAGCAGAACAUUUCCUCCAGUGCAAAAACCAUACAGGAACUCAAAGGUCAGCUGAGUUGGCUGAAUGAUGCUCUGGGGAAACUUGAGAAAGAGCUGCAGAGUUGCCAAGGCAACAUCAACACACUUAAUAACAAACUUAUGUAUGACAUGACCCAGUGUAACGCCCAGGUGCUGUCCCAGAAAGAGCUGUGCAAUGAGAGAGUGGCUGCCGCUAAACUUGAAGCUGAGAAGAAAAUGCAGAAGCUCAUCCAUACACCUGUCUCCUCACAGGAAAAUGUUGGAGCAGUGGAAAUCAACAAAUCAGUCAAGGCCCUGUCUGAUGGAAUUCCAGCAACUGCUUCAAGCCAAACACCAAGUCUCUCUCAACCCAAAGGAAAUAAAGUCCAAGAACUACUGACAAAUGAAAUAAUGGUGGAUAUAAUUCCCAGCGCUCCAGUGGAGCAGCCUACAUCAAAGGAUCUCUCCAAAGCAGGGCCAGAGUCUGUUCAUGCAACUGCUGCAUUGAAACAGGAAGACAAACAGCCACAAGAAGGAGCUGACAAUGCAGAUGAGGUGGAAGGAGAGACUGGUAAACUUUUGGAGAAUAAUCUGAUUGAAGACAAAGAGAAUGAGGCGAUCAAUGCUCAUGAAGAAGAUCCUCAGACAGAAGAAGCUGACCCUGGAAUGGAAGGGAUGCUGAUUGGUCAAGGAAAGGCCGAUGAAACUCAAGCUGGUCAGAAACCUCAGGAACCAGAAGAGUACGACGCAGAUGAACAAGUCGUGGGUGGAGAAGAUUUAGAAAAACCACAGGAGAACAAACAGGAUGAAAAUAUAGGUAUGUGUGUCAAAUAAGCAUUUAGAGAGUGAGCGCAUUCUGGUCUCGACAGGCUUUAUGU